UUCCGGGUGGUUGUUGUUGUGUUUCGGGUCAAACGUCAGGACGAAUAUUCCUCUUCACAUCAUUGAUCCCGGUAUUUUCCGGUAUUGUGCCGGUAUCUUCCUGUUGUCUCCUUCCUCCGGGUCUUGGUCCCGACCCUCUGAUGGCCUCCAGGCGGCCGGACAGCUUCGACGGGCUGGGGCUCCGCCGGGACGACCCGCUGUACGGGGCGGGUUACCCAGUGCGGAGCGCCGGAGGCCCCGCGGAGCUGCAGCACCACCACUGGGUCACCACGCCCCCGGACAUCCCCGGCAGCCGCAACCUGCAUCACGGGGAGCGGACUCCUCAGUACGACGACACGCUGGGGGAGCACGGGGGGCCCGGAGCAGCAGCCGGCUGGGAGGCUCCGCAGCCCGGCGUCCCGCCCGCCGAGCAGCUCAAUCGAUUUGCAGGAUUUGGAAUCGGACUUGUCAGCCUGUUCACUGAGAACGUCCUCGCUCACCCCUGCAUCGUCUUCCGCAGACAGUGUCAGGUGAACUACCACGCCCGCUGUUACCACCUGACUCCGUUCAGCGCCGUCGCUGUCAUGUACGCCAUCACCAAAGCUCAGGGUCCGAAGGCUCUGUGGAAGGGGAUGGGCAGCACCUUCAUCGUCCACGGCAUCACGCUGGGAGCCGAGGGCGUCAUCAGCGAGUUCACGCCGCUGCCACGGGAGCUUCCUCACAGGUGGAGCUGGAAGCAGCUGGCAGGACAUUUGCUUCUCAAAGGGUUAACAGCUGUGGUGGCUCUUCCUUUCUACUGCGCCAGCCUCAUCGAGACGGUCCAGAGUGAGAUUGUGCGUGACGACUCGUCAUCGGGGCUGCUGGACUGUGUGCGUGAAGGCGUGACGCGUGUGUUGGGCGUGGGCGCUCCUCACAGCCGCCGCUUGCUUCCUCUCAGCUGUCUGCUGCUACCUGCCGCACUGCACGCCGUCCUGCGCUACGCCAUCGCCGCCUCCGUCCAGCGGGUGGUGCUGUGGCUGCACCAGCGGGGCAGGAAGCAGCGGGCGGACCCGUCCAACCCGUUGGACGCCUACUUCCCCGAGCUGGCGGCGGCGUGGGCGGGGUCUCUGGUGGCGGACGUGGCGCUGUUCCCUCUGGAGACGGCGCUGCACCGUCUCGGCCUGCAGGGCACACGCACCAUCAUCGACGCAACCGACGGUGUGGUUGCCGUGGCUAAUGGCGGCAGCCCGCUGGUCCUGCCCGUCAACACACAGUACGACGGCUUCUCCGACUGCCUGCACGCAAUCCGCCGCAAAGAGGGCGUCGCCGGCUUCUACCGCGGCUUCGGAUCGCUGGCAGCGCAGUACGCACUGCAUGGAGCGCUGCUCGCCGCCGCCAGGACGCUGCUGAGGCUAAUGCUCUUGGAGGGCCGCGCCUGCUAGAGCGUCGCCACGGACACACAGCAUCACUUCUUGUCCACUGUCACCAUGACAACAAAACCAUUCUGUUUCUAUGUACAGUAAAAAAAAUUCAAAGAUGAGUCACACUUGGUUAUAACAUGUAAUAACAUGAAAUAAUUAUAACAUGUUAUAAUUAUUACAACAUGUUAUAACAUGUUAUAACAGGUUGUUAUUACUGCAAUGACAUGUACUAUGUGUUAAUAUAAUGAGCGCGGUAUAUGAUUAUAACAUGUUUAUAACAAGAGAAACACUGAAAGCUGAUCAAUUUAAAAUAUUUAAAUUUGUCCAAAAAAUAAAAGCCAAUGUCACAGUGAUGUCAUCAUCAUGUGACUGUUUACACCUGUGUGUGUGUGUGCGCGUGUGAGUGAGUGAGUGAGAGAGAGAGUGUGUGAGUGAGAAACGGGUGGAAUCGCUCUUUGUGUCACUCUCUGAUGUCACUUCCUGUCCAGCAUGAUGUCAUGACUUUAUGUUUGUACAAAGCUGUAAAAUAAAUAAAUAAACUUUAGUAGCUCUAGAUGAAUAAAUGUGCUUCAUGAAUAUUUAAAUCAAACGACAGGAAACUGGAUAGGAUGAUUGACUUUUCAAAAUAAAUGUUUGCAGAUAGGUGCAACAUUUUUGAAUCUGAAAGAAAAAUAAAAUACGUUUGUUUAGUAAAUCACUGGAUCUGUUUAUGUUGUACUUUUGUUGUAAAUGUUGAAAAUAAAAAUAAAAUCUGAACUCUGA